AGCCGACCAACAUCUCAACGGAACUAGAAGAAUCUCAGAAAUAAAACUCGGUCAAAAAUGCAUUAAAGGGCAAAUAUACAGGAUGGAUUGCAACACCUGCCAUUGCGGUGAACGAUCUACCCUACUCUGCACUAAAAUGGGUUGCCUCAACGAGUUGAAAUCUGAAGGACGGAGGGCAGAGCAAAAAGGGUGUAUCCCGGGAAAACUGUAUAAGAAAGAUUGCCAGAAAUGCUUUUGUACGGACAAGGGGAAGGUGAAAUGUAGCAUGAAGGAUUGCAAGUUGGCUGAUAAACCCUAUACGAACCCUGAACACGUUAAGCCUCAGACCACAACGGAGUUCUACAAGCUCCCCUCCCUCCCCCACACGGGGAUGGAGUGCACCCCCGGCGUGACGUACCGCAUCGACUGCAACACCUGCUUUUGUCUGGAGAGCGCCAAUCUCAUGUGUCAGCACCUCCUGUGUCCGAGCUAUGACGAUGUGUACAAGUUUAAGGCUAAAGAUAUGACGGGAAAACCUUGCGAAGCGAACACUACCACUUCAGACUGUCUCGAAUGCGAAUGCAAGGCCGGCAAAUAUAAAUGCGAGCCCAAGCCAGAUUGCAGACACACAGACGGACGGAGGAUGCUGCACGGGGAGUAUCCGUCCACACACGACAGGAACUUUAUAGAUCCGGACAGCAUGAAGGAGAAAUGUCAACCGGGCAUGGUGUACAAGGUCCACUGCAACAAAUGCUACUGCCAGGAUGACGGCUCUCUCCGCUGCACACAGAAAACAUGCCUCAACUACGCAGAGGUAGAGAAACUGAAGAAACUCCGCUUGCAGCUGGACAAGGAGGACCCGGAAGAUUAACUGACGAA